AUGGCAGAACGUAGGGCACGAGAUCUUGCAACAGCUUCACCAGAGUUCACACCUCUGGUAUACAACUCUGCCGGCGCUAAUGCUCAAUUACGGGUUUGGGGUGAAAUCGACAUUGAACGUACCGAAGACAAAAAAAUGAUACAUAUCAUACUGUAUCUCACAAAUCAGACUUCCCCUCCCCCCUUGAUGUGCCAUGCAUGGCCACAUAACUUUGUAUACUUUUUCAAAGUCAUAGUGACAUCUGGGUCAAAUACCUAUUACUCGGAAGAGCUGCCGUGUGAGCUGGGUUACAGUCACCGCCACCAGAUGAAGGUUCCGCACUUCAAAUUGGACCAAGGAUAUCCAGAGCACGAGAAGUUUUAUAUCUCUGUGGAAUUGGUGAAGAUAAGGUCCAAAAGCAUGCACGACGAAGAUCCGUCGAUCCAGGAUCGACGCAUUCAAGAAGUGAAGCUAGACUUUGGUCCGGAAACCUUAGAUGAAAUCGCACGAAUUAGAUCCGUGAACGGUCGCUUCACCGACAAUACCAACAAGGAAUUUGAGUUGCCCCAGAACGCAGGGGAGCUUUAA